AUGCCCAACUAUAUGAAUUUUUUGAAGGAUAUUUUCACUGAGAAGAGGAGGCUUGGUGAAUUUGAAACGGUGGCAUUGACUGAAGGUUGUAGUGCUAUAUUGAAGAAUAAAAUUCCUCCUAAAUUGAAGGAUCCAAGCAGCUUCACAAUUCCUUGUUCUAUUGAUGGUAGAGAAGUUGGUAGAGCAGUUUGUGACUUGGGGGCUAGUAUCAAUUUGAUGCCCAUGUCGAUUGUCAAGAAGUUGGGGAAUGGAGAAGCAAGACCAACCACAGUCAAUUUUCAAUUAGUGGACCGCUCUAUGGCACACCCAGAAGGAAAAAUUGAAGAUGUACUUGUGCAAGUUGAUAUAUUCACUGUUCAGGCUGAUUUCAUCAUCCUUGAUUAUGAAGCGGAUAGAGAUGUUCCUAUUAUCUUGGGUAGGCCAUUUCUAGCUACCGGGAGGACCUUGAUUGAUUUUCCGGAUGAGAUUGAGGAAUGUUCUAGGCUAAGUGUAAUUAAGUAUAUCGUCGCUGAAAAAUUCUACAAGGAAGCUUUUAAAGAUGGAGUGGCGGUGAGGUCACUUGUAGAGCUUGAAGACUUAAGCGAAGAGAAAGAAAGCCAAGUUACAUGGGUGGAGUCAAAGCAGCCCUUUGCUAAAUUUAGGAGGCCCUUUGAGUCAUUGACCUUAUCGGAAGGGAAUUUUAAGCCUCCUAAGCCUUCUAUUCAAGAGCCACCAAAAUUAGAGUUGAAGCCCUUGCCUAGUCACUUGAAAUAUGCUUAUUUGGGAGAUAAUGAGACUUUGCCAUUGAUUAUUUCAGCCAUGUUAGGAACUAAAAAGGAGCAAUUGUUGCUGGCUAUUUUGAAGAAAUAUACAAGGGCCAUUGGUUAG